AGCAGCAGCGACAUCAGCAGCAUUGUCGCCAUUGCUCCUACUAACCAGUAUCCCGCGCAUAAUUUCCGUCUGCUUUUUUAGCCCGCAGUCCAAGCACCAGCCUUAACACAACUAUUCACGCCUUUCCCUGUAGCGGUCUCCUUUCUCCGUGCAGUUUUCCUCUCCCCGCGGACUCGCCUCCCCACGCGCCGCGCCCAUGGCAUCUGCGCCGGUGUUCAUCCCCUCUGCCGCGCAAUAUUCGCUGAACCUCCCCCACUCUCCACCAGCUUCCGCCAAUCCCCGCACUUUCAGCCCCGCGGCGGCGCCCCGCCUUGCGGCGAUUUGUCGGCCAGCUGCGCCGUCUCCGCGGCCGGCAGUCGCUUUUUCCGCGGAGGGCGCAGAUUUCCGCCUUUCCUCAGACAGGAGACUUAGAAGCACACGGCGCAUCUCUGGUGUAGUCGCUGCAUCGCAUGACGCAAGUGGCGGUGACGGACACACCGCCAUGGGGAAAAAGACCAAGGCAAAUCACCACCACCACAACCACCAGCACCGUUCUUCCCACAGCCACGGUAGUAGUCAGCGACGCAGCAGCCAUGGUCACAGUCAAGAGCACGCGGAGCUUAGUUUAGGGGAGGCGCACAGUACAGCUCACACACACUCACACUCAGACGCAAGUGAGCGCUAUUCCAACGGUCAUGGCUCCCCAGAGGCUCACUCACACUCUCUCUCACACUCGCCCUCCCAUACACAAACACACCCCCGGCACCAUCACCACCGGCAGCAGCAGCAGCAGCAGCAGCACCACGCAGCACCCCACCCUGGGCAGGAGGUCGGGAAGUUGUCCGUUGGUGAGGUGGGAGCAGCGGCGUGGGCAGCAGCAUCAGCCGCAGCUGAGGAGAGGGAGGGCAGUGUCAGUGAAGGGGCUGCACGGCCCAGGUGGCGGCGGGUGCUGCUGAAAGUCAGUGGGGAGGCGCUGGCUGGGGAUGGGUCGUCCAACAUCGAUGCUGCGAUCCUUGCCAGCAUUGCUCGGGAGGUAGCUCACAUCAGCCGCAGAGGCGUGCAGGUGGCAGUGGUGGUGGGCGGGGGCAAUUUCUUCCGAGGGGCCAAGUGGUCAGGGGUCAGUGGGCUGGACAGGGCGUCAGCGGAUCACAUAGGCAUGCUUGCAACGGUGAUGAACGGAAUUUUCCUGCAGGCGAGCCUCGAAAGCGAGGGAAUCCCCACCCGGGUUCAAACGGCGUUCAGAAUGAGCGAGGUGGCGGAGCCGUACAUCCGGCGGCGCGCCGUGCGGCACCUGGAGAAAGGGCGCGUGGUGAUCUUUGCUGCCGGCACCGGCAACCCCUUCUUCACCACCGACACCGCCGCCGCACUCAGAGCUGCUGAGAUCGACGCGGAGGUGGUGCUCAAGGCCACGGGCGUGGACGGCGUGUUUGACUCGGACCCUCGCAGCAACUCCCAGGCGCGCCUGCUGCCGCUGCUGUCGCACCGCGACGUCACGCUGCAGCAGCUCAAAGUCAUGGACCCCACCGCCAUCACGCUGUGCCAUGAGAACAAACUGCCAGUGGUGGUGUUCAACCUGACAGUGCCUGGCAACAUUGUGCGUGCUCUUAGUGGCGAAAAUGUGGGGACGCUUAUUUUGCCGUGACACUUACUAUUCUGCCAUGCUGCUGGGCUCACACGUAACCCAUAUAUGAUGCUCCCGAGAGCAGUGCCUUGGCGUUAGACAGGUACUGCCAUGCCAAAGACAAUGCUUGCAUGUGUUGGAAAUGAUAAAAGAACUUCAGGCAUUUCUGGAGUCUCGCGUGAGUGUACGAAUACGCGAAGACUGUAACAACGGGGAACACCGAGUCAAUAUUGCGACAGUACUACCUGUUAAAUUAUAUUUGUUAUGUAAUUGUAGGCUUGGUAGGUGUUACUGAACUCUAC